GCCUCCGGAGGAAGCACCCGCCGUCGCCGCCCUCAGUCUCCGCCUGAGCCGGGAGGGGAGAGGCCUGCACAGCCCCCAACAUGAACAAGUUGAAAUCGUCACAGAAAGAUAAAGUUCGUCAGUUUAUGAUCUUCACUCAAUCUAGUGAAAAGACUGCAGUGAGUUGUCUAUCUCAAAAUGACUGGAAGUUAGAUGUUGCAACAGACAAUUUUUUCCAAAAUCCUGAACUUUAUAUACGAGAGAGCGUUAAAGGAUCAUUGGACAGAAAGAAGUUAGAACAGCUAUAUAACAGAUACAAAGAUCCUCAAGAUGAAAAUAAAAUUGGCAUAGAUGGUAUACAGCAAUUUUGUGAUGACCUAGCACUUGACCCAGCCAGUAUUAGCGUACUGAUCAUUGCAUGGAAAUUCAGAGCUGCGACACAGUGCGAGUUCUCAAAGCUGGAAUUUAUGGAUGGGAUGACAGAAUUAGGAUGUGACAGCAUAGAAAAACUAAAGGCCCAGAUUCCUAAAAUGGAACAAGAAUUAAAAGAGCCAGGAAGAUUUAAGGAUUUUUAUCAGUUUACUUUCAACUUUGCAAAGAAUCCUGGACAGAAAGGUUUAGAUUUAGAAAUGGCUAUAGCCUACUGGAAUUUAGUACUUAAUGGAAGAUUUAAAUUCCUAGACUUGUGGAACAAAUUUUUAUUGGAACAUCAUAAAAGAUCAAUACCUAAAGAUACCUGGAACCUUCUUUUAGACUUCAGUACAAUGAUAGCAGAUGAUAUGUCUAAUUAUGAUGAGGAAGGAGCAUGGCCAGUUCUUAUUGAUGACUUUGUGGAAUUUGCACGCCCUCAAAUUGCUGGGACAAAAAGUACGACAGUGUAGCACUAAAGGACCCUUCUAGAAUGUACAUAGACUGUACAAAUAA